CUGCCAAAUAGUGCCAAUGGUAGCGCCGAGUCGGGUUUGGCCAAGUUAUAAGCCUGCGUUCGGUUUCCUCCUGAAGGUUGCCGUUCAAGCUGUGAUUUAUUGGCGUAACUCAGGCCGCCAGUCCUACGGCCACAGUUACUUUUUGCAAAGCAGCUUAUAGGCUAUAGCUCUCUCAAGUUCUCAACCCGCUUGGACUUGGACUGGACACUGCUCACUGGAUGACAAUGGCAGACUUCGACCUUGGAGCGGCUUUCAUCCCCGCGCUUCAUAAACCAGCUGCCUUGUUACCCAUAGCCAAACACCGUGAAUCUUUGUUGUAUCUCGUUGAGACUUAUCCUGUCACCAUUGUUGUGGGCCAAACAGGGUCUGGCAAGAGUACGCAAAUCCCCCAGUUUCUUGAGCGUGCUGGCUGGUGUGCUGAUGGCAAGGUUAUCGCUGUCACCCAGCCUCGCCGCGUUGCUGCCACAACGGUAGCUAUCAGGGUAGCCGAAGAGUUUGGCUGCGAGGUUGGCAAGGAGGUCGGCUAUUCAAUCCGCUUCGAAGAUGUUACCUCUGAAAGCACCCGCAUCAAAUUCCUCACAGACGGACUUCUCAUACGGGAGGCUCUCGUGGACCCACUGCUUUCUCGUUACUCCGUGAUCAUGGUCGACGAGGCGCACGAGAGGUCUAUAAGCUCCGACAUUCUGCUUGGACUAUUGAAGAAGAUUAGGAGGAAGAGACCAGAUCUCAGAAUCAUCAUCAGUAGCGCAACGCUCCAGGCCGAGGACUUCCGCGACUUUUUCUCACAGCCCAAGGAAGAGACUGCUCUGGAAAGCAAGCAGGAUGAGGAUAUCGCCACUAUCAUUAGCCUCGAGGGCAGGACCCAUCCGAUAGAUAUCCUUUACCUGGAGAUACCGACAGAAGACUAUCUCGAGAAGGCUAUCUCGACAAUCUUCGAUAUUCACACUGAUGAGCCCAAGGGCGAUGUCUUGGUCUUCUUGACCGGAAGAGAAGAGAUCGAACAAGCGGUCCAAGCUGUUUCAGAACGCCAGGCUCAACUUCCGCCAGGGUCCGACUCCAUUCUUCCCCUCCCUCUAUAUGCCGGCCUCCCUGCCGACCAGCAAAUGUAUGUUUUCGAGGAAGCGCCCGAGAACUACAGGAAAGUCGUAUUUUCCACCAACAUCUCCGAAGCGUCGGUAACCAUAGACGGCAUCGUCUAUGUUGUGGACUCUGGGUUUGUCAAACUACGGGCGUACAACCCAAAGACGGGGAUCGAGAGCCUAACAGCGACACCAAUCUCCAAAGCGUCCGCGGCACAACGUGCAGGGCGCGCAGGCCGGACAAGGCCCGGCAAGUGCUUCAGGCUUUACACGGAGGAGGCCUACCAAUCCCUGCCCGACUCUAAUGUUCCCGAAAUCCAGCGGUCAAAUCUGGCACCUUUUAUCCUUCAACUCAAGGCCUUGGGCAUCGACAAUGUCCUAAAGUUUGACUUCCUCACGCCGCCCCCAGCAGAGCUGAUGACUAGGGCGCUGGAGCUGCUCUACUCCCUGGGAGCCCUGGACGACUACGCCAAGUUGACGAAGCCGCUGGGUCUCAGAAUGGCAGAACUUGCAGUAGAACCCAUGAUGGCCAAGACUCUCCUCUCGGCACUGUCCUUUGGCUGCCUGAGCGAGAUCCUCACAAUUGCGGCUAUGACCAGCGUCGGUGGGAAUAUCUGGAUCCAGCAUGAAGGGGAGAAGAAGAAGACAGAGAGCGCGAAGAGGAAAUUCGCCGCCGAAGAAGGGGAUCAUCUGACGCUGCUCAAUGUCUACCAAACAUUCGUGACCAAGGGCCGCAAAGAGUCCCGGUUCUGUCACGAAAAUCUGCUCAACUUUAAGACAAUGACGCGUGCUGUCAGCAUCAGGGCCCAAUUGAAGCGGUACCUUGAAAGGUUUGGUCUCCACGUCGACGAAUCCCUCGCGGCCCAUUCAACCUCGACAGCGAGGAAGGCGGAGCAGAUCCAACGAUGUCUGACAGCAGGGUACUUCGCUCAUGCCGCGAGAAUGCAGCCUGACGGGACAUAUCGGAACGUGUCGGGGACAACGGUGCUCCACGCCCAUCCGAGCUCCAUCAUGUUCAAUCGCAAGGCGGAUUGGGUCAUCUUCCACGAGGUGAUGGAGACGGGAAACAAGACAUUCAUACGUGACAUCACGCGGAUUAACAAGGACUGGUUACUAGAAUACGCUUCAGACUUCUACAAGGCCGGUUGAUGGUGGAAAGGGACUAGUGUAUCGACUCAGGCAGGGUGGUGAAACCUC